UCAAACAUUUCCAAAACUUGCUUGUAAUCAUCGGAGGUUUUGUGUCGCUGGCGAAAAAUUGGUGAUAAUUUUCGAGUUUUGUGGUGUUGUUUUGCUUUAAUUUCCAGUAAAUAGCAGUGCAUCAAAAUGCCAGACCAUCUGGGAGAUGAUAUGCGUAAGGUGAAGUUGGAUAACAAGGAAACGGAACCGGAGAUCGAAGCCCUGGAUGAAGUGGACAUUGAGCUUUUGAAAACCUAUGGUCAAGGCCAGUACCACAAGUCGAUCAAGCAGAUCGAGGACGACAUUCAAAAGUCCAUCAAACAGGUUAACGAGCUGACGGGAAUCAAGGAAAGCGAUACCGGUUUGGCACCCCCGGCUCUGUGGGAUCUUGCGGCCGACAAGCAGAUUCUGCAGAAUGAGCAACCCCUUCAGGUUGCCCGUUGCACGAAAAUCAUCAACGCUGAUUCGGAUGAUCCUAAGUACAUCAUCAACGUGAAGCAGUUUGCCAAGUUUGUGGUGGAUUUGGCCGACUCCGUGGCGCCUACCGACAUCGAAGAGGGAAUGCGUGUUGGAGUGGACCGCAACAAAUAUCAGAUCCAUAUUCCGCUUCCACCUAAGAUCGACCCUACGGUGACGAUGAUGCAGGUCGAAGAGAAACCGGAUGUGACCUACAGCGACGUGGGUGGCUGUAAGGAACAGAUCGAGAAGCUUCGGGAAGUUGUGGAAACUCCGCUGCUGCAUCCGGAAAAGUUUGUAAAUCUGGGAAUUGAACCGCCGAAGGGUGUUUUGCUUUUUGGACCGCCCGGUACCGGAAAGACCUUGUGUGCCCGGGCGGUUGCCAACCGUACGGAUGCUUGCUUCAUUCGUGUGAUCGGUUCGGAACUGGUGCAGAAAUAUGUCGGCGAGGGAGCCCGUAUGGUGCGGGAGCUGUUCGAAAUGGCCCGCUCGAAGAAGGCGUGCCUGAUCUUCUUCGAUGAAAUUGACGCCAUUGGAGGAGCUCGCUUCGACGACGGUGCCGGUGGCGAUAACGAGGUGCAGAGAACUAUGUUGGAGUUGAUCAAUCAGCUGGACGGAUUCGAUCCACGUGGUAACAUUAAGGUGCUUAUGGCAACCAAUCGUCCGGAUACUUUGGAUCCCGCUUUGAUGCGACCUGGCCGCUUGGAUCGUAAAGUGGAAUUCGGUUUGCCGGAUUUGGAAGGUAGAACGCACAUUUUCAAGAUCCAUGCUCGGUCGAUGUCCGUCGAGAGGGACAUCCGUUUCGAGCUGUUGGCACGUUUGUGUCCGAAUUCUACAGGGGCAGAAAUUAGGUCGGUUUGCACAGAAGCUGGUAUGUUUGCCAUUCGUGCCAGACGUAAGGUGGCCACCGAAAAGGAUUUCCUCGAGGCCGUCAACAAGGUUAUUAAGAGUUACGCUAAGUUCAGCGCCACUCCGAGAUAUAUGACUUAUAAUUAAGGUAGUGAUUUUGUCUGAGUAUCUUUGAAUCGUAAUAAUGGAAACUAAUUUUCACUUA